AAGCAAAUAGCUCAAGCAGACGUGUUGACCUAGAUAUCCUUUCCCAGCUAAAUUUUUUUUAGACAAAACUCAACCCUAAUAUUUGCCGCCAGCGCCGCCGCUGCCAUGAACGACGACGGAUUUCCAGCUGAGAGAUUGUUCAACCAAGGCUACUCCUACACUUACGAUGAUGUCAUCUUUCUCCCUGGCUACAUCGACUUCCCCGUCGACGACGUCAACCUCUCCACUAAGCUCAGCCGCAACAUCCCCCUCUCCAUCCCCUGCGUCGCUUCUCCUAUGGACACCGUCACCGAGACCUCCAUGGCCGUUGCCAUGGCGGCGCUCGGCGGAAUAGGUAUCGUUCACUACAACAACACUAUCUCUCAACAAGCAUCCAUCAUCCGUACUGCCAAAUCUCAUAAAUUCCCUUUCUCCGCCGACUUAAUCUUCGCUUCUCCCUCGGAUUCAAUCCAUUCCGCCGAUGAAUUCGCUAACUCCCCUUGCAUUUUCGUCACCGAGUCAGGGAACAAACAAUCCAAACUGUUAGGACACGUGUCAAAGUCUGAUUGGAAGAACUUGAGCAAUAAGGAAGCUAGGAUUUCUGCUUAUAUGAACACUUCUCCCGUUACUCUGCCUUCGAGUUAUGAUUUCAAUGACGUGGCAGGCUACAUGGCAUCUAAAAAGCUGGACUUUGUUGCAUUAGUAAACGAGGAGGAGGAAAACGGGGAAGUAGUCAAUUUAGUCACGAGUGCUGACAUGGAGAGAAUAAAGGGACUUCCGAAAUUGGGUUUGCCAUCUUUAGGGGAAGACGGGAAGUUCUUAGUGGGGGCAGCGGUGGGGACAAGGGAAUCAGAUAAAGAGAGGCUGGAGCAUUUGGUGAAAGAAGGGAUUAAUGCUGUGGUGAUUGAUAGCUCGCAAGGGAAUUCGCUGUACCAGAUUAAUAUGAUCAAGCAUGUGAAACAUACUUACCCUCACUUGGAUGUGAUUGGUGGAAAUGUAGUCACUAAUUACCAAGCUGAGAACUUAAUUAAGCAGGGAGUUGAUGGAUUGAGGGUUGGUAUGGGAUCUGGGUCCAUCUGUACCACUCAAGAAGUUUGCGCUGUGGGUCGCGGUCAGGCAACUGCUGUUUACAAGGUGUCAUCAAUUGCUGAGCAGCAUGGUAUCCCUGUGAUUGCUGAUGGUGGGAUUUCAAAUUCUGGCCAUAUCGUGAAGGCAUUGUCCCUUGGAGCAUCAACUGUCAUGAUGGGAAGCUUCUUGGCUGGUAGUAAUGAAGCUCCUGGCACAUAUGAAUAUAAGAAUGGUCUGCGUGUGAAAAAAUAUCGAGGUAUGGGAUCCCUGGAAGCAAUGACAAAAGGGAGUGAUGCAAGAUACUUGGGUGAUACUGCUAAACUAAAGAUUGCUCAGGGAGUUGUCGGUUCAGUUGCUGAUAAAGGUUCUAUUCUGAAGUUCAUUCCCUAUACAAUGCAAGCUGUAAAGCAAGGAUUCCAGGAUCUAGGUGCUUCCUCCUUGCAAUCUGCUCAUCAUCUUUUAAAAUCAGGCAAAUUGAGGCUAGAGGUCCGAACAGGAGCCGCACAAGUUGAAGGAGGGGUUCAUGGUCUCGUCGGUUAUGAGAAGAGAUACUUCUGAUUUAACUUUAUUGGAGAGUAAUGAUGUUGUUAUGAAAUAUAUGUGGGAGCUGUUAUGCGGGAAGAAGCAAGGAAGAAUGCAGAAGGAAGCGCAUAAUGGCAGAUCGUUCUGUUUUUGCAUAUUUUCACUGCCUUUAUUCUUCGAAACAUGGGGAAAAUGGGAUAAUGAAGGAUGGGUAUCUAUUGGUGGUAUGAAAAUAAGGUGGUUCCAAACAGUUGAGGCUACAUCUCAACGCCAAGAACUUUGCAUGCAAAUUUUGGUUUUAUUUGAACUUUAUGUUUGAAUGCUCUAAAUUGUAUGUGAUGCCUGGUGAGAUUCUCACCUUCAAUUAUAUGGUGCUUUCACUUCUACGUAAUGUGACUAAUACAAAAUAUGGACCUUCAGAUCUUGGAAGUAAUGUUUGUUUUUUUGUGCACUAAA